AAUCACACUGCCAGAUGAAAUCAGCCGAGUCUUGUGAUGAACCCGAAAUUGUUCUAACUAUUCUGCAUUUUAAUGACGUUUACGAGAUAAAGGAGAGAUCGGAAGAUCCAGUUGGAGGCGCAGCGAGGUUUGCCACAGCAGUGAAGCAGUUCCAAGACCUGAAUCCUCUGAUAGUGUUCAGUGGGGACUGUUUGAAUCCUUCUUUGUUGAGCACGAUUACAAAAGGGAAGCACAUGGUGGACAUCCUGAGCAAACUGGGUGUGAAUUGUGCUGUGUACGGCAAUCAUGAGUUUGAUUUCGGCGUGGACCACCUGGAGGAGAUGACGGCGCAGAUGGACUUCCCGUGGUUCCUCAGCAACGUGUACGACCGCUUCACGUCGGACACGCUGGGCCACGGCGUGGUGAGCCGCGUGCUGCGGUGGAACGGCCUGGAGAUCGGCCUGAUGGGGCUGGUGGAGGAGGAGUGGCUGGACACACUGGGCACGGUGGACAAGGAGAACCUGCACUACGUGGACUACGUCUCGGUGGCCGGGGACCUGGCGCGCCAGCUGCGGGAGCAGGGCGCCCAGAUGGUGGUGGCGCUGACCCACAUGCGCUGGCACAACGACGUGCGGCUGGCCGCCGAGGCCGCGGGCAUCGACCUGGUGCUCGGCGGGCACGACCACGAGUACGGGGUGCGGGAGGUCAACGGCGUGCCCGUCGUCAAGAGCGGCUCCGAGUUCCGCUACCUGUCCAAGGUGGACGCGUCCCGGCGGGAGGGGGGCGGCGGCGGCUUCCGCUUCGCCGUGCACAGGGUGCCCGUGGAGAAGCACCUGAUCGAGGACCCCGCCAUUAAACAGAUCGUGGACGGGUACAACAACAACGUGGAGCACAUGCUGGAGGAGGUCCUGUGCCAGAUCGAGGUGGAGCUAGACGGACGCUGCACCACCGUGCGCCGGAAAGAGUGCAUCCUGGGAAACCUGAUCACGAACGCCAUGCUGGAGGCUACGCACGCCGACGUAGCGCUGCUCAACUCAGGCACUUUGCGGUCAGACACCGUCCACCCCGCCGGCCCUCUCACUAUGCACGAUCUCCUGCAGAUUCUGCCCAUGCAGGACCCCGUGCUGGUGGUGGAGGCUUCCGGAAGGCAGCUGUACGAGGGGCUGGAGAACGCGGUGCGGAACUACCCCGCGUUGGACGGAAGGUUCCCCCAGGUUGCCGGGAUGCAGUUCGGGUUCGACCCGCAGGGAAGCCCCGGUAACCGGGUCGUCAUGGACACCAUAAAGGUCCAGGGCCAAAGCCUGGACAAGGACAAGAAGUAUUUAGUGGCGAUGAAGGAAUACCUAACGAAGGGGAAGGACGGCUACACCAUGUUCGCUGAGUGCCGCAAGAUGUUCGACAUCGAGAACGCCCAGACCCUGUCCACCGUCCUGAUCAACCACUUCGAGUCGGGGAAGAUCAUCCGCGGGCUGAAGACCUGCCGGUCGGGCCACAGGAUGAGCCUGAUUAAGGCCUCCAGCAGCCCCUCGGUCUCCGCCAUGGAGCGCACCCCGCGCGGGAAGACGGCGGCGGUGAUGACGGUGCCCCGGGUGGAGGGCCGGAUAUUCCACGUCACCCAGGACGGCCAAUCGGAAGCCUCGAGCUAGAGGAGGGGCGGAGGGCGAGCGAGCGAUCCCAUUGGCCGAGUCGAGUCCCCGGGAGCCGGAACGAUCUGAGCAAGAACCAAUGGGGGGAGGGCAUAGCGUGACCCUUUGAAUUGCUUCU